UUCAUUCUUUGUGAACCCUAAGCCUCUGUCUAAAAUGGGAAUAAAAAGAACAUCUUAGCAGAACUGUGUUUUUUAAAGCACAUUUCAAAAACAUUUCCUGCUAGCGCUGUUUAAACACUGGCCACUGCGGAACAGGCAAAACAGCCCGAAGAAGGAAGCGUCUAAAAAUUAAAAAUAAAGUAAAAACAAUCAGACUCCAGUCUCUUCAGUAAACAUUUGGGAGGCAGACUGAUCUGGUGGGGAGAGCGGGGACUCUGAAGACCCUGGGUUUUUCCCAACCGUGCUGCUUAUUUACUGCAAAACUUGGAAUGAGUCACAUCAGCCCUCUGCUUCUCGGUUUUCCCCAGCGUUCAGCGGCAAUAAAAACACCCACUUCCCUCUGCGUUCAACUGCUGCUGAAAGGCUGCGAUGAAAAGGCUGGCUUCAGGAUGACCAGUAUCCCGAGUGGGGUUAUACUGGGUGGGACUGGAGCAGAAGGUCAGGGCUGCAGGAGGGCAUGAGAUCCUUGGAGGAAACCCCCCCUUGGACCUGAAUGAUGCUCAGGGAGGAUCUUGGCACCCUCGUCACCACCCUCUGGUUAUGCCACGCUGGAGGAUGAUGGCAGGGCUUGAACCACCAAACUAAAACCUACAGAAACUGAGCUUCGCUGAAGACAAUAUUGGCCUCGGAAAAAAGCAGUAAAUUGACCAUGAAAUAAUAGGGAUUUUCAGACUUCAAAGAGGGCGUAAUGAACAACAGAAAGCAGACUGGCAACCUGAGAGAUGUGCUAAGGGACCUCUAAGAGGCCCUUUGAACCCCUCUCAGUGUAACAUGCCGGAUGGAUCCAAUUAUCCCUAAGCCCGUGCUGAGUGUGUUGCCUGCCUCAGAUAUCUCCACCAAAGUCAACCCCAGCCCUUCCCUUCACAGCCAGCUCCAAAUUGUUCUCAACUGAGCAACGAACUUCCCUCAUUCAGCUGCUCUCUACCAACAUCACCCUGAGUUUUGCUGUCCUCUGGUGACAUGUGUCUCCUUGCUUUGGAGCUACCCCAAAUUGUAUUGGAAUAUUCCUGAACCUCCAGGUCAACUUCGCUGCUGAAAAAAAACAACCCAACUUCUGAUCAUGUCCAGCCUAUGUCAUACCGAGAUUUCAUUUCCUUCCCCAGCAACAGUACCAUCUUUGUGUCAAAAACGUCAGGACACAAACAAGCAGGUCUUGUAGGACAAACCUCCAAGGGUGGCCACCCUGUUGGCAUUUCUCCCCACCCGGAGAGCUGCCAGACAGUCCCAGUUUGGAUGGGGCUUUAAAAAAGUUCCCAAAAAUAUCAGGUGCCCAAAGCACCGUCUUUGUGUUGUAGCACGCAAUGGCUUUGCCUCAAGAGGAGACCACUGCAAAAAUGGCAACCCAGCUUGCCCGGGCCAGAAGGCUGCCGCUGAGAAUUAACCUCCUGUUAUUGUACAGGCAGGACAAGCUGCUCCUCGCGGUCUGGAGUUAAAGCUGCCUCUCUUCUUUUCAGGCUGAGCAGAAGUCUUGAGGCUUGCAAGUAUUUCCCCAGUCCUGCCAGCAUGUCAGAAGCACUGCCCGGUGGCAACCAGCAAAGGCGUGUGCAGUUACUUGCUGGUUUAUCCACAGCUCAAUAAAAGGUCUUUGGUAUGUCAUUAACUCCAUCCUCCCUGGUGCUGGGUGCCAAGGCAGUUAGGAAAAGUGCAAUUAAAAGGAAAAAGUGUGGAAACGUGCAGAAACAAAGUGUCUUGCAAAGGUAGAAAACCACUGGCUUGUGGGUAUCAGAAUGCUCAAAGCUGCUGGAGAAGGAAACUUGGCAAAACCUAGGGGCAAAGGUAACAUCCCCACGGAUUUGGAGAGCUCAGCUCCCACCAAAGACAUGGCUGGAAGUCCAGGAUCUUGUUGCUUCCACGCUGCAUUUUAUGUGUUCUCACAGCACCUUCCCGUAGUAGCUUCUGCAGCUACUGAAACUACCUACCCAUCAGGUCUUCUCCAAGAAUGAGGUGGGAUAGGGAAGUCUCACUUUGGCCAAGGACAAGCAGGGAAGUUGUCACUCUGUGGAGCCAAUUUUCCAUUUUGAGAACGGUGAGGACUCCUGCCUGGGGAACAUUUGGGAAAGUGUAAAGUCUUGCAUGGAUCAGUUGUGUCCUGCAAGGGAAGAAAGCUCCACUCUUCUUCAGAGCCUGCGAGAGCUGCAGAGAGGACAGCAGCCCUAGCCCUGGGCAGAGCAGCGGGCUGCUGGGGGGUGCCCGGUGCCUCACAGGGUGGACACGGCAGGGCUGGGGAGAGGCAGCAAGGGCUGGGUGAGCUUCAGGGGAGAGGCCAAGAGCAUCAUGCAGCAGCUGCUGGGAUCAGACAGAAGGGAAGGGUGGGUGGACAUCAAUGGAGAGCCAAACUGGAAAAGUAUCAAUGGGUGGAGGCCAUGCUACAGUGGAAGAAAACCAUCAGAAGGAAGGAGGUGUACCCACCACCACCUCCUCCUCCAGCUAAACACGCAGCCUGGGCCCCACAGUGAAGGGUACCCUUCAAGCAUGUCAAAUGGAAAUGAUAAUUUGGUCUGAGGUCAGAGCCCCAGAUGCCACUGUCGCUGAUGAGAUACUUGCGCAUCACUGAAAGCUGGGGAUUUCUCACGUACUGCUUGGAAGAGGGGAGACCCUGGAGACCUUCUGGGGCUCCCCAUACCCACCCACCAGGGCUCCUCAAACACUGCCUGCAGGUUGCUCCGCACUUGGGACGACCUCUCCGGGACACUGCAGAGCUUGCACCUUCUCCUACCCUGCUCCCUGCCCAGCACCCAGUGCAGGGGCUCAGUUCCCCAAGGGCUGGUGCCGUGUGGGCUGUACAUGGGGACAGCACGUGUACCCCAGGGCACCCCCCAAAGCUGCCCAAGCCCUCACUGCCAGCCUGGACCCCAAGCUACGCCGUCGCCGCUCCAAGAAGGUGCUUGCUAUGUGCACUGAAAUACAAAACCAGACCUGUAUCUCCUAAAAAGCCACAGAAUGAGGUUUAAGAAGUGCGCAAUGGAAUAUUUUAACCUGGAGUACUGCAUGUGCAGCUGUCUUGAUAUGCCAGAACUGACAACAUUAAUAAAAAUAAAGAUUAAACAUGGAAAAGACCAUCUCCAAUGUUGUAUCAAAACACCUCUGACCUGCAGCACCAAAGAAACACCCCAAAUCUAUAUUUAUACUGUUUCAAAAACUGUAUUUAUUUGCUUAGCCCACAAUGCCUCAAGAAGAAGAGGAGGGGAGUCCAGCGUCUGCAAAUUACCAGGCACCGGGAAUGUUUGCAGAACUGUUAAUCUAUUAAGAAAGAGAGGAUGGCAGGAUAAUCCUGCCUCUUCUGCAAUGUCCUAGCAGCCCCAGUCCCAGGGGACCUGCGAGGCAGGGGGCUGGACGGGACCCAGCUCACUGCGGUAUCCCACCGCGGCAGAGGGAACACCGACACUGCUGCCAUUGUCACUGCCAGACUGCAAGCCACCCACGAGCGGGACCCAGGCAAGCUUUUGAGGAUUGCUGGCCAGUCGAGGGCUGCAAAACCCGGUGUGGGAAGACCAGACCCCGCCAGCGAGCAGCUCAAAACACAAACAGCCGGGAGCCCAGGGGCGAGGUGCCAGCCGUGGCAGAUGCCAACCAGCUCCCACCACAGGAAUGUGCUCACCGAGGCACCGAAAUCAAAAAACAUUAGGGGAAAGAACUUCCUUUUAUUCAACAUUUUUGCCUGUAGAAAUGGAGCUGAGAAGCAGACACCUUUUCCCCAGCAGCACUGCCCUGCUUCCACCCCACCACGGGACCAAAAAUAACCCAGCAUCCCCCUAACCUCUGCUGCAGGCACUGGGCUGGCAGGGAGCCCUUGGGGUAGGGACACCUUCCCAGCUUGCACCAGCGUCGUGGCAGCUACACCUCGGCAUCUUCACGAGGAAGCUACGGGUGUUACCUGUGUCCACAGCCACAGCGCACACAUCCCUGCAGGGAGAGAAUGUCCCUGUCCCCCAAAAUCUGCAGUCCCAGCCAGCAAAGAGAUAAAGGGUAGAAGAAAGGGAAAUUUAUCUUCAGGGGAAGAAAGACAAGAAGAUGGUUUGAGGUCUGGGCAGUUUAACCUCUGAAAAGGGUCUUGUUCCAGAAAUAUACAUGGGUGGGAUGUAUUUAUGGAUGGAGUUUGCAAGGCCCUCACCAGCUUUUUGCUCCAGUCUGACCCACACUGGCAGAAACCCUCUGUAGAAGCGGUAAGCUGGUAUUUUUUGCAAGGGGAUGGGAAGACCAAGUACAAGACAUCAGUUACACUCAGGGAGGGAGCACAGAUAGCUGCCUAGCUUCAGUGUCCAGCAGAUACAGGCUGAAUUUUAAAUCUUGCCCAUCAGUUGCUCUGGUAUAGCUGGUAUGUAACUGCAGGAAUUGUUCAUCGAAUGACUACAAGUAAGACUAAUGUGGUUGAACCUGCUCAGAGAAAAAAGAAAAUCAAUCAGUGGACAGAAGAUGAUGCUUUAGGGGUUAAUUUUUUUCUUUUCCAACCAGUCACCCAGCUCCCUGUCUGAGCUUUAUGAGCAGCACACGCGUAAGGAGCACUCUCAGUCCUGAUCAACCUGAAGACACAAAGGGGGAAAACACGGACGGUUCUUCUGCCCAUCUCCUCUUUUGCUGUCUCAAAGUUCCUGACCAAGACACUCAAAGAGAUCAAAGCACGUGCAUGACCAUUGCAGUGCCUAAUGCAUCAGGCAGAGGCAAAAAUACCAUUGUUUUGAUCAAAGAGUUUUAAAUCCUACAGUAACUCCAGUAGAGAGUCCUACAGGAGGUCCCUCCAGCAGGAGCCUGGAGCUCCUUCGGUCUGAGCAUCUCUCUGAAGAUGCGGCAGGAGAAGCACUCGGCGCUGAGGUGAGUGGCGAGGUGUUGCACCUUGGGGCUGACAAACACUGGAAGCCUGACAUGGCCCAGUUUGCACUGAAGUCCUACAUGACAUCAUUUGGCCAACCCCACCUGCCCCACAGGCUCACCAGAACCUACAUUCACACCCCAGAAGCCCUUUUUCUCCCCCAAAUUAGUCAUGCAAUGGAAACACCGUUCAGACCGACAGCUGCUGACCAGAGCGCGGGCUGCCAGGCGGUUUGCAUAACACCGUCCGGAGCAUGCUCGGCGGCGCUGGCUAAUUCCUCAUCGCAACAAUGGAAAAACCCAGAAAUCUCGGUGAAUAAGCCAGUCUGUGUCCUAAGUCAGCCCUUGGAUUUCCUCCCUUUCUUGAGCCUGUCUCGCCUCUGCAAAAGCUCCGCUGGGGCUCCGCAGCCAGCCUCAGGAGCAGAAAUCUCAACAAGCUCACAGUUAUGUGCUCGGCUCUCAGCUGUUUGCUGCAGCCAGGAACUGGCUGGAAAUCAGUUCAAAAUGUUCCACUUCCAAACCCCACCCCACAACCCCUGGAUCUCCCUCUUCACAGAAGAAGGCGCUGGGGCUUUUAACUGCUUUGCUUUCUCUACUGGGAGAGCAAAGGACAUCCCCUGUGUUAACUCACCUCUGCCACUGCUACCCCAAGAUGGGAGACAAGGCAAACCUUAGUCCCAGCUCCAGCAGUGAUUUCCGUGCUCCGCUACCUCACCAUCCCAGGCCCUUCCCUGUCCCCAGCUUCAUCUUGAGAGCCACAGGCAUUGCCAUCCACCUCAUCUGAGCUGAGCACGCAGCAGGGCACCACUGCCCAGCAUUUCAUACCCACCACCCAUGCCCCAGCGCUCCCCUGCAGGCUCUGCCACUGCCCCAUCCCUUGCUGGAAGGCAGCAGCCACUGCUCCACAGUGCCACGUGCUGAGAAAAACCCCUCGCGUAGUUCUCCUGACCACGACCAGCUCUGGAUGCAUCAAGCUCCGCUCCUUGUUGAAAAGACACAGCAGAAACUCAGAUUGUCUUUGCUCUCCCUUUCUGGGCCAGCUCCUAGGUGCAGCCUAGAUCUGGAAGUCCUCAACCAAAACUUUGCCUUGCAAGAGCAACUACGGCGCCGUUGGCCAUUGGCAUGACCCUGUAUCGCUCCCACCUCCUCCCAUCCCUGCUCAGACAAACUCCUUUCAAACAGCAAGACAAGACCCCCCCGCCCCGAAACCUCCGUCUGUGAUAAUGGGACAAGGUGCUUCUCCCCAAACCAGCUGAGGCUAAAUACAGCCCAGGGGGCUGCUGCAAGCUUCGGCACGAGGUGGCUGCAGAGCAGAGCAGAGCUCCCUGCUAUGCCCUUCAACUGAAGCAGUUUGUUCUUCCCCCCCAGUGAUGAACCCGGGCCCCGCUCAGCGCAGCAGGGACCAGCGAGGUUCCCCACAGAGCAGCUCUGCGUUCGUUAUGCCUGACCAUUUGCUUCCCUGGUGCAGAGAGGAAAACUACCUCUGCACAGCUGCCUCGGCAGCAGGGCCGGGCAGGACCACGGACACUCCUCUGCCUGGUGCCAAGGGGUUAAGCUCACAGUAAGUUCCCAAAGUCAGUUGCUUCCAACUGGCUGCUGCCUGCGGUUUGUGGGAAGGGAUUUUGCUUUUUAAUAACAUUAUAAAUAGGGCUGUGUUCAGCAUGCUGCAAACCCAGUUACUCUCUCUCUCCCACCCAUCUCUCUUCUCCUCCUCCUCCUGCUUCUCUUCCCACCACACUAAUUCCAGAUCUGACCAUGAAUCGGUCAGGCUUAUUCCUCGGUGUCCUCAGCCUACUGGUGUGUCUUGCCUCCAUCGUGCAGGCAUGUCCCCCGAGCUGCCACUGUCACGGUGGAGACCUGCAGCAUGUCAUCUGCGACAACGUGGGGUUGAAGAAGAUCCCCAAGGUGCCUGAGCAAACGCGGCUUCUCAACCUGCAGAAGAACAACUUCCCCGUCCUGCCGACCAACGGCUUCCGCGACUUGAAAAAGCUGGUGUCCCUGCACCUCCAGAGCUCAAGGAUCAAGGAGAUCUCAACCGGAGCCUUCCGGGGGCUCAAGAGCCUGGUCUACCUCUAUCUCACUGACAACCAGAUCAGUGUCAUAAAGCCAGGAGCCUUCGAUGACCUGUCUGAUCUCACCUACCUGUACCUGGACAAGAACAAGAUCCCAGACCUGCCCAAAGGGCUCCUCUCUCCUCUUGUCAACCUCUUCAUCCUGCACUUAGGCAGCAAUAAAAUCCGGGAGCUGAAACCAGGGGUCUUCAAUGGGGCUAAAGACCUGCGCUGGCUCUUCCUCUCUGACAACUCCCUCACCAACCUCCUGCCUGGGGCCCUGGAGGACGUAGAAAACCUCGCUGUCCUCCACCUGGACAAGAACCAGCUGAGCAGCUAUCCCGUGAAUGCAAUGAGUAAGCUGAGAGUGCUGGAGGAACUGAAGCUCUCUCAUAACCCAAUUGAGGUCAUCCCUGACAACGCUUUCCAGUCCUUCGGGCGAUACCUGCAGACACUCCACCUGGACAACAUGAAGCUGAAGAAGUUUGCAGACAACGCGUUUGCCGGUGUGACUGCGCUGAAGACCGCUCACCUGGAGAACAACCGGCUCACCCAGCUGCCCCGCAACUUCCCCUUCGACAAAAUGGAGACGCUGACGCUCUCCCGAAACGCCUGGCACUGCAACUGCCAGCUAGCACAUCUGCGCAAGUGGCUGAAGGGCAAUCGCACCCGCACUGAGGAGACCUGCUCCACACCCGCGCAGUAUCGGGGACAGUCCAUCAGAGACACCCCGGCCCUCCGCACCUGCAAGCUCCCCACCAAGAGGUCCAAGAAGGGAAGCCGCCAUUAAACACCAGGCCCUGGUACGGCCUGUCCUGGUGACUGGUCACUUCAACCAUCAGAAAACUACUGACUUCUGAAUCCUUCCUUAAGCUUCUCCUAUCUGUCAGGAAACAUUUCUGAUAUAUACAAACACCUCCAGCCUCCUCCGAAUCCCCGCUUCUCUGCUGAUCGCAGGAUGGAAUCCACCUUUUCAAUCUUUUCCGACAUCUAUAUAUUUUAAAAGAGGCAUUUUUAAAAACUAAACUAUGCAUGACCAUACUAAGACAAGCUAACCUAGAUCCUGCCGGUAAAACACAGUCAUCUUUUCCCAGAGGCAACAUAACCCACGUCCCCGGUCAACCAGUUGGUCAGUGUCUCUCCCCUUCCAGUGGAGCGGAAGCAAGAGGGAAGGUAGGAUCAUCCCUCCCCCAGCUGUUUGAUCAGGAAAAUUGGUCUCAACCCAUGCAAAGAGACUCCUCUGCCUUCCCACGGAGGGGAUCCCUGCAGGCCAGGGCUGAGGGGAAUAGGUGAAGCAAUGACCAAGAAGCGGUGGCCCUGAGACCGAGCUGCCCUUUCACGCCAAAAGGCAGCAAUCUCUCUAAGUCGGCCAGAAAUCCUUUAAGUUGAAGCAAUACUGGGAAACCCCAGAACUGGAGCCAUCUGAAGACUGGAUUCCCUCCCACACUGUGGGGUCUACCAAGAUGCAUGUACGUUGUAGAGGAGGUGUGCUCUGUGCAGCCUGGCUUGGGCAUCCCUCCUCUCCUCUCUGCCCAUACUCCAGAAGAUCUAGCAGGACACCAGGAUGAUUGUGGUUUAUUGUCAUGGCUAGUACAAUACCACAGUUGCAACUUAACUGUGUUUUUUAAUCCUAAAGAGUUAUAUAAAUAUAUGUAUAUUUAUUCCUCUGUAACUGAGUGUAAAUGACCUUUAAGAGGAUGAAAACUCCUCUGUCUCCUAUAUAGAAAUCAAAUUGUAUAUUUUCUUAUGUACAUCUUCUGUAUAAAGCUCUUGCUGCAAAGAUGAAUUCAACAAGUCUCCCUGUGUCUGUCUGAGGGCUGGGGGAUCAGAAGUAACACGAGAUCAGUGGUACAAAUAUAGACUUAAUCCUCUUUAUCCUAUGGGCAGAGCAACUGUCUGGGAAGGUUUUGUUAUUUCUCUUUCUACAAAGCAGGAACAUGUGACACCUAAUGAGUCCUGGGCACUUGCAGUAGUGUCUGAAAAUAUUUUGUGAGGCCAAAUUCAAGUCUACUAUAAAAAUAAGUAGCUGUCACCUGACAGAGUUGGGGCAAUGGCACCAGGGCUGUCCCUGCUGUUUUCAGCUCGGCAUUAAGAGCAUCUCAUCCAGGAAAAAACCCUGGCCGCCUCUGAGAUGGCUCCAGGACAGAUGCCCUGGACUCCCCUGGUCCACGGCAGAGAACACAGUUGUCCCUGUAAAACCCUGGUGCUGGUGCAGUCCGGGUCUGCCAACAAUAACACGCCUAAUCUGACUCCCAGCCCCGCGUAUUUACCCAUUGCAACAGUCUGCUUCUUCAGCAUUUGCAAGCAGCAUGGCACCAAAGUUAUUUCCGUUGAAGUAAAACAAAACCUGCUUACAAAACAUGUCACCUGAAGUGCCACUGACCCCCUCGCUAGUGGCCUGUCCCCCUCCACAUGCAGGAUGUGCUGAUGCUCUUGCACGGGCCAAGGAUGCAGGGACAUGCAAUGGAGCAGCAGCACGUGUGGUCCGACUACUGCUGCACUUCUGGUAAUGCAAUACCUGGUGCUGCACGUGUGGAUGGUGCCAUUCCCACCUUCAGACUCAAACACGUAGCAUGCAACAAGGUUUUACAUCUGCAUGCAGCCCAGGAUGGUGAAAGAAACCUGACAGCUCUGCAGCAAGAUGCAUCCACCCACACCGAUACAAACCAGCAACGCCUCUUCCAUAAUCAUUCAUCCUUGCAGCAUGUACAACAGAAGGGUUUAUAAAAGCUUUAAAAUGCACCAGCAGAAACUCAGUUUGUGACACUGAAUGCAACGUCUUCUCUUCUUAAAAUUUUCCUCCCCAGACACUCCACCAGCA